UUACUUUCUUUCAAUAUAACCACAUAAAUUAGAUAUCAAAAAUGGCUGACGAAGAUCAUACUUUUGAAACCGCUGAUGCCGGUGCUGCUUUAACUUUCCCAAUGCAAUGUUCUGCUUUAAGAAAGAACGGUCACGUUGUCAUUAAAAGUAGACCAUGUAAAAUUGUUGAUAUGUCUACUUCUAAAACCGGUAAGCAUGGUCACGCUAAAGUCCAUUUAGUUGCCAUUGAUAUCUUCACUGGUAAGAAAUUAGAAGAUUUAUCUCCAUCCACCCAUAAUAUGGAAGUUCCAAACGUUAGAAGAACCGAAUUUCAAUUAUUAGAUAUUGAUGAUGGUUUCUUAUCUUUAAUGACCCAAGAAGGUGAUACUAAAGAUGAUGUUAAAGUUCCAGAAGGUGAAUUAGGUGAAAAAAUCCAAUCUGAAUUCGAUGAAGGUAAAGAUUUAUUAGUUACUAUCAUUUCUGCUAUGGGUGAAGAAGCUGCUAUUUCCUUCAAAGAAGCUCCAAAAUCAGGUUAAAUUUAAUUAAUUUAAUGUAAAUUAUUAAUUUUUACAAUAAUUGUUUUAGAUUUUAUUAAAAAGAAAUGAAAAAAAUAUAAAUUUUAACUUAUAAUCAUAAUCAUAAUCCUGAUGAAAAGAAGAAGAAGAAGAAGAAGAAGAGAAAAAAAAAUAAUGAUAAUAUGAACGAUAUAUUUUUUUUUAUUUAUUCAUACAUAAACUGAC